AUGGGUCAGACUCUGUCAGAGCCCGUUGUCGAAAAGAUAUCCGAUAGCGGCGCAGAUGACUGUGUUUACUAUGGCCUCUCGGCAAUGCAGGGAUGGCGUAUAAGUAUGGAAGACGCACACGCAGCAGUACUCGACCUACAACCCGAGGACGGUGGCAAGAACAAACAGCCCGCCCCGCCAGAUAAACGAUUAUCGUAUUUUGGUGUCUACGACGGCCAUGGUGGGGAAAAAGUCGCGCAGUUUGCAGGAGAGAACGUCCACAAGAUUGUCGCAAAACAAGACGCCUUCGUCAAAGGAGACAUUGAACAAGCCUUGAAGGACGGCUUUCUCGCCACCGAUCGUGCCAUCCUCAACGAUGCCCGUUACGAAGACGAAGUGUCCGGAUGUACCGCGUCCGUGGGCAUCAUUUCAAAAGACAAAAUAUGGGUGGCCAAUGCUGGAGAUUCUCGCACUGUCCUCGGAGUGAAAGGGAGAGCGAAGCCGCUGUCCUUUGACCACAAACCCCAGAACGAAGGCGAGAAAGCCCGUAUAAGUGCCGCUGGAGGCUUCGUGGACUUUGGUCGAGUCAAUGGCAACCUUGCCCUGUCACGUGCCAUAGGCGACUUUGAAUUCAAGAAGAGCGCCGAUCUCUCCCCCGAGCAGCAGAUUGUCACAGCCUUUCCCGACGUAAUCACGCAUGAGGUCUCUUCCGACGACGAGUUCUUGGUGAUUGCCUGCGAUGGGAUCUGGGAUUGUCAAUCUUCACAAGCCGUGAUCGAGUUUGUGCGAAGAGGUAUUGCCGCCAAACAAGAGCUUCAACUCAUCUGUGAGAACAUGAUGGACAACUGCCUCGCGUCCAACAGUGAAACUGGAGGUGUUGGCUGUGACAAUAUGACGAUGAUCGUUAUCGGUCUAUUGAACGGCAAAACCAAAGAAGAGUGGUAUGAGAUGAUCAGCAAACGAGUGGCAGACGGUGAUGGACCAUCUGAAUUCCGUGGACCAGGCGUCCGACAUCAAUUCGACCAUGACAGCCCAGACGAAUACGAGCUUGAUUUAGACCAUCGAUCUCGGGGCUAUGGGAGUCGAGGUGGGAGGAUUAUUUUGCUCGGGGACGGGACAGAGGUCCUGACGGAUUCAGACGACACGGACAUGUUUGAUCAGAGCGAAGAAGACAAAGAUGCGGCGAACCAGGUCAAGAAGGGCACUCCCGACACAUCAGACAUCGAGUCUGCCCGAAGCGAACGAGAAGGCACCCCAGCUCCCCAGUCGGCGGGCGAUAACUCGAAAGCGUCAAGUCACCUGGAUGCCUCGCACAACAAAGACGCUGGGAACACAGGAACCGCGGACGACACGACACAGAAGGCUGCUGCCUGA